CAGGAUGUUGGGCUGGGUCCAAAGGGUGCUGCCUCAGCCUCCGGGGACACCUCAGAAGACUGAAGAGGGAGCAGGACCACUGCCAGAAACAGAGGCAAAGCCUGAGGCAAAUCCACAACCCGAGCCAGAGGUUCAGCCGGAACCAGAGCCGGAACCGGAACCAGAGCCGGAACCGGAACCAGCACCUGAAGAGGCUGCACCAGAGGUCCAGACCCUGCCACCAGAGGAACCAGUGGAAGGAGAGGAUGUGGCUGAGGCUGGCCCUAGCCUUCAAGAGACCCAGGAAGCUGACCCUCCUCAGCCCACCUCCCAGGCCCAGGUUGCUGUUGUCAAUGUGAACAGGCCCAGCUCCUGGGUGUUGAGCUGGUUCUGGAAGGGCAUGGAGAAGGUCGUGCCACAGCCUGUCUACAGCAGCAGUGGGGGCCAGAACCUGGCUGCCGGAGAGGGAGGCCCAGAUCAGGAUGGAGCACAGACCCUGGAGCCCUGUGGCACUGGAGACCCAGGGUCUGAAGAUGGCUCAGAUAAAGCUUCCAAGACUCAAGACACUGAGCCCAGCCUGUGGCUACUCAGGUGGCUUGAGCUGAAUCUGGAGAAGGUGCUACCUCAGCCCCCUACGCCUUCCCAGGCCUGGAAAGUUGAACCUGAGGGUGCUGUCUUGGAACCAGAUCCUCCAGGAACCCCUAUGGAAGUGGAGCCCACAGAGAACCCCUCCCAGCCUAAUCCUGGACCCGUGGAGCCUGAGGAGGAGCCAGCUGCAGAGCCCCAGCCUGGCUUUCAAGCCUCUUCCCUGCCACCACCUGGGGACCCUGUCAGGCUGAUCGAGUGGCUCCUACACAGGCUGGAGAUGGCCCUGCCUCAGCCCGUGCUCCAUGGGAAGGCUGCAGAGCAGGAGCCCGGCUGCCCUGGGACGUGUGACGUACAGACCAUCAGCAUCCUCCCCGUGGAACGGGUGGAACAUGAUCUUGUCCUCGAGGAUGUGGACUCUUGCUGGGAGGACACCCCGCAGGAAGACGGUGCCAGCCUGCAGGAGACAGAGUUGGCUCCCAUUUAUGAAGACGAGAGUGAGGCCAUGGUGGAGAUGCCCAGGGAGCUACCACUGAUUCAAGAGGAGCAGGAAGAGGAGAAUGAAGAGAAGGAGGAGGAGAAGGAGGAGGAAAAGGAGGAAGAGGAGAAGAAAGAGAAGGAAGAAGAGGAGAAGGGGGAGGAAGAGGAGAAGAAAGAGAAGGAAGAAGAAGAAGAGAAGGAAGAGAAGGAAGAAGAGGAAGAAGAGAAGGAAGAGAAGGAAGAAAAGGAAGAGGAGGAAGAGAAGGAAGAGGAGGAGAAGGAGAAGGAAGAGGAGGAGAAGAGGGAGGAAGAGGAGAAGAAAGAGAAGGAAGAGGAUGAGGAGAAGGAGGAAGAGGAGAAGAAAGAGAAGGAAGAAGAGGAGAAGGGGGAGGAAGAAGAGAAGGAAGAGAAGGAAGAAAAGGAAGAGGAGGAGGGGGAGGAAGAGAAGGAAGAGGAGGAAGAAAAGGAAGAGGAGGAGGAAGAGGAGGAAGAGGAGCCUAUUGUCCUGCUGGAUAGCUGUUUGGUGGUGCAGGCUGAUGUGGACCAGUGCCAGCUAGAAAGGGCACAGCCAGAGACAGCAUCGAUCCAGGAGUUACCAGAAGAGGAGGAGGAGAAGGAAGAGGAGAAGAAGGAGGAGGAAGAGGAGAAGGAGGAGGAGGGGGAGGCCACAAACUCAACAGUACCAGCCACGAAAGAGCACCCGGAGCUCCAGGUAGAAGACACGGAUGCUGAAGCUGGCCCCCUCAUCCCAGAGGAGACGCUCCCGCCACCUGAGAGACCACCACUGUCUCCCGCCAAGUCUGACACCCUCGCGGUUCCCGGCGCAGCAACCCACAGGAAGAAGCUACCUUCUCAGGACGAUGAGGCUGAAGAACUCAAGGCCCUGUCACCGGCUGAGUCCCCAGUGGUUGCCUGGUCAGACCCCACCACCCCACAGGAGGCUGAUGGCGAGGACCGUGCGGCCUCCACAGCCAGCCAGAACAGUGCCAUCAUCAACGACCGGCUCCAGGAGCUGGUGAAGAUGUUCAAGGAGCGGACGGAGAAGGUGAAGGAGAAGCUCAUUGACCCUGACGUCACCUCUGAUGAGGAGAGCCCCAAGCCCUCCCCAGCCAAGAAGGCCCCAGACUCAGCCCCAGCCCAGAAGCCGGCGGAGGCAGAGGCGGCAGAGGAGGAACACUACUGUGACAUGCUCUGCUGCAAGUUCAAGCGCAGGCCCUGGAAGAUGUACCGGUUCCCCCAGAGCAUCGACCCACUGACCAACCUCAUGUACAUCCUGUGGCUGUUCUUCGUGGUGCUGGCCUGGAACUGGAACUGCUGGCUGAUUCCUGUGCGCUGGGCCUUCCCGUACCAGCGGGCAGACAACAUCCACCUCUGGCUGCUCAUGGACUACUUGUGCGACUUCAUCUACCUCCUGGACAUCACCGUGUUCCAGAUGCGCCUCCAGUUUGUCAAGGGCGGGGACAUCAUUACGGAUAAGAAGGAGAUGCGAAAUAAUUACUUGAAGUCUCAACGAUUUAAGAUGGACUUGCUCUGCCUUUUGCCUUUGGAUUUUCUCUACUUGAAACUUGGCGUGAACCCCCUCCUUCGCCUGCCCCGCUGCCUGAAGUACAUGGCCUUCUUUGAGUUUAAUAACCGCCUGGAAGCCAUCCUCAGCAAAGCCUACGUUUACAGGGUUAUCAGGACCACCGCCUACCUGCUGUAUAGCUUGCAUCUCAACUCCUGCCUGUACUACUGGGCAUCGGCCUUCCAGGGCAUCGGUUCCACUCACUGGGUUUAUGACGGCGUGGGGAACAGCUACAUUCGAUGCUACUACUGGGCUGUGAAAACUCUCAUCACCAUCGGAGGACUGCCCGACCCCCAGACGCUCUUUGAGAUCGUCUUCCAGCUGCUGAAUUAUUUUACAGGUGUCUUCGCUUUCUCUGUGAUGAUUGGACAGAUGAGAGAUGUGGUGGGGGCUGCCACGGCGGGGCAGACGUACUACCGCAGCUGCAUGGACAGCACGGUGAAGUACAUGAACUUCUACAAGAUCCCCAGGUCUGUGCAGAACCGCGUCAAGACCUGGUAUGAGUACACCUGGCAUUCGCAAGGCAUGCUGGAUGAGUCAGAGCUGAUGGUACAGCUUCCGGACAAGAUGCGUCUGGACCUGGCCAUUGACGUAAACUACAACAUUGUCAGCAAAGUGGCGCUCUUCCAGGGCUGCGACCGGCAGAUGAUCUUCGACAUGCUCAAGCGACUUCGCUCAGUCGUCUACCUACCCAAUGACUAUGUGUGCAAGAAGGGGGAGAUUGGCCGAGAGAUGUAUAUUAUCCAGGCGGGGCAGGUGCAGGUGCUGGGCGGCCCAGAUGGAAAGGCUGUACUGGUGACACUCAAAGCCGGAUCGGUGUUUGGAGAGAUAAGCUUGCUGGCUGUCGGGGGCGGUAACAGGCGCACGGCCAACGUGGUGGCCCACGGCUUCACCAAUCUCUUUAUUCUGGACAAGAAGGACUUGAAUGAGAUUUUGGUGCAUUAUCCUGAAUCUCAGAAGCUGCUCCGGAAGAAGGCCAGGCGCAUGCUCAGAAACAACAACAAACCCAAGGAGGAGAAGAGUGUGCUCAUCCUGCCCCCGCGUGCGGGCACCCCGAAGCUCUUCAAUGCUGCCCUGGCUGCAGCAGGAAAGAUGGGCCCCAGGGGAGCCAAGGGCGGCAAGCUCGCCCACCUGAGAGCCAGGCUCAAAGAACUGGCUGCACUGGAGGCAGCCGCGCGACAGCAGCAGCUGUUGGAACAGGCCAAGAGCUCGCAAGAAGCCGGGGGAGAGGAGGGCUCUGGAGCCACAGACCAACCUGCACCCCAGGAGCCGUCAGAGCCCAAGGAGCCCUCGGAGCCCCCAGCCCCGAGUUCUCCACCGCCAGCCUCAGCAAAGCCCGAGGGAAGCACGGAGGAGGCCACAGGGCCUCCGGAGCCCUCGGUGAGGAUCCGUGUGAGUCCAGGCCCUGAUCCCGGGGAGCAGACACUAUCGGUGGAGAUGCUGGAAGAGAAGAAGGAGGAGGGGGAGUGAGGUGCAUUCAGCGCCCUGAUCCCAUCCCUAGGUGCGGACCAGACCUUUGAACCACCUGCCUCACCAAGCAUCUUAGCCUAAAGGCGCCUUCUCACGGGCGUAUAGAAACUCUCAAACUUCAUCAAGUAGUGGUGGUGACCUCGAGCUCCUACCAUUCCCGGAGCACCCUGCUCCCCUCUCACAGUUGCUAUUUUCUAGAAGAAAACUGCCUUGCACUUUAAA